UAGAUUAACCUUCAUUGUGCACAUCAGGUUACUCGGUCGAUGGCUUCUCGUUAUGAACUUGAGUUGUCUAUUACAUCAGCCAACGACCUCAAGAACAUCAACUGGCGAUACGGUCCGCUGCGUCCAUACGCCGUCGUUUGGGUUGACCCGGAAAAAAGGCGCUCUUCAAGAGUCGAUGAAGAGGGCGACAUGAAUCCCUAUUGGGAAGAGAAGCUUCUCAUACCCCUGCCACCGGGCCCCAUCGAGGCUCACACACUACACGUUGACGUCGUACAUGCAGGCGCCAAGGAGGACUUGAAGCCGCUCAUCGGCUCCGCUCGGCUCAACCUUGGCGAAUUCAUCGACGAGUUAGGCAUCGGUCAGAAAGCCAACCGUACGCUUAAGCUGAAACGUCCAUCCGGUCGCCCUCAUGGAAAGCUUGAGGUCAAGUUGGAGGUUCGAGAUCUGCGUUACCGUGAGCCGGAGUACUACACGCCGCCGUAUGGAGCUGGUGGGACGAGGGAAUACCUUCCGCCACCGCCUUCAUAUGGUGCUCCUUACGCAGCACCACCGCAAAAUCCCUACUAUGCGUCGCCGGCACCAUCGGGUUAUCCCUCCAGUGGUUACAAUUACGGUCAGCCUGCUUAUGGUAAUCCGGGUUAUGGCCAAGGGUCAUACGGUUACGCUCAGGGGAGUUACGGGCAGCCGGAGGAGAAGAAGAAGAGCAAGUUUGGAGGGAUGGGGACCGGAUUGGCUGUGGGCGUGGUUGCAGGUGCAGUGGGUGCGCUCGCAAUAGCGGAGGGUGUGGAUGCAUUCGAGGAUCACAUUGCCGAUGACGUGGCAGAAAAGGUUGAGGAAGAUUAUUAUGAUGGCGGGGAUGAUGAAUAGUUUGACCGCCGGAUUUGUUUUGUUUGGUAAUGAGAGCUUGGCUAUCUUUGUCCUUUGAUCAAUGAUUAUCCUUUGAAGCGACGUCGUUUAUGUUCUAAAAAAUUGCUUUUGUCGCCCAUAAUUUUAUGUGUUUUGUUAUGUUGUAUCACGCCAGUAGUACUGGGCAUUUAAAAUGAGAAUAAUUCCUUUGGAUAUGCUAUUACAAUGCUCUUUGUUUUAUCUAUGGAAGCCCUCUUGAAGCAGUAA